AUGACCGAGUACAACGAUGUGGAAGCGGCGAACAACGGCGGCGGCGGCGGCGGCGGCAUGAAGACGCUCGAAUUGGGCCAAAAAUGCGCGAGCUUUUUCGACACGACGUGCGGCAUCGUGUGCAGUCUGAUAUUCACGUUCACCGUGCCGUUUCUCGUCAUCGCCGUCGGCUACAUUUAUCGCAACGAUUGUCCGUCGAACGCGAAGAUUCCGACGUGGCUCGUCGUCUUCGGCGUCACAAUGGUUGGCGAGCGACUGAUCGGAUUGUUCAUCACGGCAAUGAAGAAGCGCGCCGAGAAGCGACAUCCGGCGUCGGACAACGAGACCGAUGAGGAGGCGGAAGCGCGUCGGACGCAAAUCGCCGCCGACAUUCCGGGAUUCGUCGGACUCUUGGGAAUCGCGCAAAUCGUUUUGGGAAUCUUCUCGCUCGUCUGGAUGUUCUUCGGAUUCCUUUGGGUUUUGGGCACGUUUGGCGAUAAAGAAGUGUGCCAUUGGGCUCCGUACACGUUGGCAUUCGUGUUCGCAUUCGCCGGAUUCAUGGUCGCCUGUAUGGCGUUGUGCUGCCUCGGAUGCGUUUGCUGUGUUAUCAACAUUGUCACCAAAGACUAA